AGUGACUGUGUUUACAGUGAUUAAUAUUAUCAAUUUAGAUGUCCAUUUAUUGUCGUCGGCGUUAAACAGACAGUAGUUACUAUCUUAAGCGUAGCGCGCUGUGUAGUUUUGUGUUAAAUAAAAAUGAACAGUUCAAACGAUUAUGGAAUUGAGCAAUUGCAUCCGAGGUAUACAGCAAACUGCUUAUCCAGAUUAACGUUCUUCUACACAUUAAAUAUUUUUAAGAAGAUUUAUAAGAAGGCAAUCAAAGAAGAUGGCUUACAUCAAAUACCUGACAGCUUUAAAUCGCAAAAGCUUGGCCAAGAAUUGGAAAGGAUCAUAAAUAGUGAUAUCAAAAUUCACAAUAAUCUCUCACUAUAUAGAGUUCUUUGGAAAUUUAUUGGAAUAAAAUAUCUAUUUAUUGGAAUUAUGCAAUUGAUCGCAAGAUCAAUAUCUGUGAUCACAAUACCAUUCUACGUAGGAAAACUAGUAUCAUAUUUUGUACCUGCCCAAACACGCAUCACAAAACAGGAAGCCAUUAUCCACGCUAGUCUAGUCAUCGGCCUUAACAUCUUCAACUACUUCUACUUACACAACUAUCUUCUGUUAAUCUCAGCUCUAAGUAUUAAAGUACGCGCGGCAUUCUGCUCGGUGAUUUACAGAAAAUCGCUGAAACUGUCGCCGGCGUCGCUUUUGAAAACGCCACCCGGUAAAAUAACUACUUUGAUUCAAAAAGAUGUUCGAACCGUACAGGAAAUGGUUCGUCUAGCGAAUGACGUUUGGAUUGGUCUGGUGCAAGCUUUGAUCGUGUGCGCGUGCGUAUAUUGGAAGAUUGGAGUGGCGGCUGUAGUUGGAUGUGGAACGUUUCUUGCUAUUCUACCGUUGCAAAUUUUAAUUGGGAAAAAAGCAUCUUCAUAUAGAACCCAAAUUGGAAGAAGUAGUGAUGAAAGGCUCCAGCUCACUAAAGAAAUUUUUGCUGCAAUAGAAAUAAUAAAGAUGUAUACUUGGGAAAUUAUAUUUGGAAGAAAAGUCGAAGAAGCUAGGAGAAAGGAACUACAAUCAAUAACAAAACUAUUCACCGUUAAAGUCGUAUUGCUACUUCUAGGAGCGAUGACAUCGAAAAUUGCCUUCUUCUUCCUGUUCGUUACUUAUCUGUGGACUGGUAACUACGUAGCAGCUGAAAGCAUAUACUUUAUUCUCAGCGCUUUUCAGAAACUGCGACAAUCCUUCACCGUCAUCAUUCCUAGAGGAAUAUCUCAAGCGGCCGAACUGACUUCAUCCCUGAAGAGAAUUCAAGACUUAUUAAUCUCUGAAGAAACUGCCAGUAUUGAAAAGAAAAACAGUUUUUCUAAUCAACCGAAAAUUCGUAUAGAAAAUACUAAUGUAACUGGAGAUGUACUUUUAAGACAUACCGUAGAAAUUUCUGAGCCAAGUUUAAUAAUUCUUACUGGACCUAAUGGUUCUGGCAAAACAACUCUCUUAAACGUUAUACUAGGAAAUAUUUCUCUGCCAAAUAAAAAAGUACUUACAUACGGAUCAGUGUCAUAUGCUCCCCAAGAACCUUGGGUCUUUCCAUCGACUAUCAGACAAAAUAUUUUGUUUGGUGAAGUUCUUGAUUUAGUUCGUUACGAGAAAGUACUUACCGUUUGUUCCCUUAGGCAAGAUAUUGACAGAUUUCCAGAGCAUGACAGGACGCUGAUUGGCGAUAAGGGACUUAAUCUCAGCAAGGGACAAAGGGCCAGAAUUAGUUUAGCUAGGGCGAUAUAUAGGUCGAGUGAUAUUUAUUUACUAGAUGAUUGUUUAGCUUCAUUGGAUGCAAGAGUCCAAAAUGAAAUAUUUAGGAACUGUAUAAAGAAUUUUCUCGGUGACAAAAUUUGUAUUUUUGCAUCUUAUAGUUCGAAAUAUAUAAAUUUUGCCAAUAGAGUUUUCCAGAUAAAUGAAUUGGGAGAGCUAAAAGAGACUGAACAUUUGAAGUAUUUAGAAGAUAUAAAAUAUGACGCGACUUUAGAGAAUGUAGCUGAGGAAACUAUCCAAAGUAAUAUAGCAAAUAUUAGUGAUUCGGGUGAAGAAGUCCCACUAUUAGACAAGAAAUUAGAGAAGAAGGGUAAUGUUUAUGCAGAGGUGCAUAAGUCUGGUCGUGUAAAUGCAAAAUACUAUGGACAGUAUAUUGCAUAUGGUGGUCGACUACUGUUUGGGAUAGUUGUGAUAUUAUUUGGUGCUACACAACUUUUGAAAAGUUACACUGAUAAAGUGAUUAGUGUUUGGGUAACAGUGGAGCAGAACAAAUCUUUGACAAGGCCUACUAGAAAUAAAACUCAAAUAGCCAAUUACGAUGAAGCUCACGACAGCAUGUCAAUCCAGUUUUCGAUACUAAUAAGUCUAACUACAGCUUUGUCCGUAUUGACAGCUUUAGGCUUUUUUAGUUUUACUACAAAAUCAUCGAAAACUAUACAUGCAAAGAUGCUAUCGAGUUUAUUAAGAGCAAAAAUGGCAUUUUUUGAGAAUACUCAUCUGGGAAAUGUAUUAAAUAGAUUUUCGAAGGAUUUAACUGUUAUCGAUGAAGAAUAUCCUUUCGUCGUGUAUGAAUUUAUCGAGCUCUUAAUGACAACAUGUGGAAUUAUAGUACUAAUAACUUUAACACAACCACUGCUGCUAAUUCCGGAGAUAGUUUUGUUCCUGUUACUUUGUAUCAUUCGGCAUUUCUAUUUGCCAACAGGACGGAAUUUUCAGAGACUAGAUUCAGCAACACGAAGCUCUCUAACAGGAUAUUUAAACUCUUCAUUGGACGGACUAUCGAUCAUAAAGGCUUCCAAUGCCGGCGAUCUGGUAUCUUCGGAAUUUGACAAAUACCAGGAUGUAAAUACAUCGGCAAGUUACACGUCUGAAUGCUGUAUCCGAGCUUUUGGAUUUAUUCUUGAUAUGAUAUGCUGCCUUUUCACCACCAUUGUCAUUGUUAACUUUUUUGUUUAUCGUUCAGAUGUAACUGUUGGGGAUAUAGGUUUAGCCAUAACACAGUCGAUGAUGCUAACCGGACUAUUCCAAUAUGGCGUCCGGAUGUGGGCGGAUUUGGAAAACAAGAUGACCUCGACCGAAAGAGCUUUAGAAUAUACAGAAAUCGACACCGAAGACUUUAAAGGGCAAAUUCUAAACGAGUGGCCUAAAUUGGGCAAGAUCCAAUAUGACAAUGUUUCAGUGUUAAACCACAGCGGCGAAGCGAUAUUAAGAAACGUAUCUUUUGACAUUAAACCUGGAGAGAAAAUCGGAAUAAUUGGUAGAACUGGAGCCGGAAAAACUACUCUGGUUUCAGCGUUAUAUAGAUUGAAAGAUAUCGAAGGUACUGUUUUAAUAGACGAUGUCGAUAUCAAAGAAUUAAAUAUCAAGUUUCUUCGAAAGAAUAUUGGAAUAAUUCCUCAAGAUCCUGUUUUGUUUACUGGAACGGUUAGAUACAACAUCGAUCCAAAGGGUUUAUUUCCAGACAGCGAACUGUGGGAAAUUCUGCAUAAACUUGAACUGGCCACAUCCUUAAAAUCUCUAGAUCAGUUUGUGGCGGAGAAUGGAUCAAAUUUGAGUUAUGGAGAAAAACAACUUUUAUGCUUGUGUCGUAUUUUAUUAAAUGCAUACAAAAUAUUAGUAUUGGAUGAAGCAACAUCAAGUACUGGUGGUAAUACUGACAAAAUAAUUUCAGGUAUUAUAACAAACAAAUUUGAAAAAUCGACUGUAUUGAUAAUUGCUCAUAAGUUAGAGACUAUUCUAAAACUGGAUAGAGUGAUGGUAAUUGAUAAUGGUGAAGUAAUUGAAUUUGAUAAACCGGAAAUUUUGAUGAAUAAUUCCAAUAGUUUAUUUUACACUAUGGUUAAAUCAUCAGGGAUAUCUUAAAUUCUUGUGUGAUACAAUGUACUAAAAUAUUUGUCCUAGUCAUUAUUUUUAUGUGUCUACUUAACUACUUAUGAAUUAAAACUUUUAUACAAAUAUA